AUGUCACAACAUCAUCAAAAAAGACCAUCAUUUAUGGUUAAUGAUUUAUUGCAUGAAACUGAUUUGACAUGGAAACAUAAUUAUUGGCAACAAAAUGAAGCGUAUAAUUUUUCAAUAAAAACGCCAAAAAUUUUAUUUGAUAAUACCGUUAAUCAGUCAAAUUGGUGUAAUAUUACAAAAACAAGCUUCAAUUGUGAUCAACAUUUACAACAACAGCAUGACAAAUGUCAUUCACCUGAAUUGUAUACUGUCUGUGCAAAUCAUUGUUGGGAUAACUGUUUGUUCAGUGUGAAACACGCAGUGUCAAUGAGUAAAGAUUCAUCGAAUCCGCCAUUACUAUUAACGAAUCAUUCAAAUUCAAUUUCCCUCACAUCAUCAUCAUCGUCAUCAAUUAAAACAAAUAAUCCUGUCCUGAUCAAUGAACAUGAAUCACCAUCAUCCUCAUCCUCAACCUCAUCAACAUCAACAUCAUCAUCAACAACAACAUUAUUUUAUCAUGAACAUAAAAAAUUCAAUCAAAAGUUAUUAAUGAAAAAAUCCCGUAAAGCCAGAACAGCAUUUACUGAUUAUCAGCUAACUGAAUUAGAACAAAGUUUUGAUUGUCAAAAAUAUUUACCAGUACAAGAUCGUAUAGAAUUAGCAAAAAAAUUGAAUUUAUCUGAUCGACAAGUGAAAACAUGGUAUCAAAAUAGAAGAACCAAAUGGAAACGUCAAACAGCUAUCGGUAUGGAAUUAAUGACAGAAGCAGAAAAUUUCUUCACUAUUCAACGUUUCAUUGAACAAAAUCCACUGUGGUCAUAUCAUCCAACUAUUAAACAUAUUUUAUCUAAUAUGUUAAUUACAUCCUCUGGUGUAAGUACACUGACGACAUCAACAACGCUAACAACGCUAACAACGCCGACAACAAAUAGAAUAUCAUUACAUAAUGAAGAGAAUAAUUUAUCGAUCUUUCGCAAUUCCUUAUCCUCAUCGUCAUCAGCGUCACCAUCAACAUCAUUAUCGACAGGAAUGACGCGAACAGCAACAACAACAUCAGUGACAGAAUCCAGUACAUCAGUAACAAUGGCACCGACUACGACGACAACAAGCACAAUAACGACAAGUUUACAUGUCAGUCAUCAUCAUGAUUCACAGCCACAACCACAAUCAAAUCAUCAUUAUUACAAACAACCAAUUCAAUGUUCAACAUUUGCAACUAAUCAUUGUAGACUUGUAAAUUCAUUACCGAUUAAAACAAAUGCAUUAUUGAUAGAAAAUACUGAUCAUCCCCAUCAUCCUCAUCCUCAUCCUCAGCAGACAAAACCAUUCAUAUUUAUUACUUCAUUAAAUGAUAAUACUUAUUGUCAUAAUAAUAAUAAUAAUUCGUUAUUAUCUACCACCAGAUCGAUUUUAUUCGAACCAAAUGAAAUGAAAAAGAAAUUCAUUGAUUCAUUGAACAUUACUCAUUCAAUGUCCAAUUAUGAAUUGUGUUCAACAACAGCGCCAUGUUUAUUAAAUCAAUCCUCCAUAAUAAGUGGUGGUAGUGGAGGUGGUGGUAAUCCAUGUACAACACAUCAUCCUAUUACGUCAUCAUCAUCAUCAUCAUCUUUAUCGUCAUCAUCAUCAGUUUCGGGUAUAUUGAAUUCACUCAUUGAAGGAACUUGA